AUGAACAUCCAAAUAUCUUGAACAACUAUUUUAAUUUUUAAUACUUUCAACAUUUUGAAUUGAUCAAAAUUAGACACAUCUCAAUCUCAUUCAGUAAAAGCAAUUCUACCACGAUGACCGCAACCAUAUUGCCCAAACAAGUUGAUAAGGUGAUUUUGUCCAGUAAUUUUGGAUGUAAAUCAUCAUCAAACCCAAUGAAAAUGAUUAUUGGUAAUGAUUCGUUGAUGGUUGUCAAUAAUGGUGUCGGUAGUGAGAAACGAUCACCAUAUUUAUCAAACAACAACAGUAUUACCCAACAACAGAAUGAUGGUGAUGGAUCCACAAUAACCGAACAAAUCAAACCGAAGCGUAAACGUCAACGUUUAGAUCAUCUAACACAGGAACAAAAAGUGAUGCGAAGAAAAUUAAAAAAUCGUAUGGCCGCACAAAGUGCACGUGAUCGAAAGAAAAAGAAAAUGAUGGAUCUCGAAAAAGAAAAUAAUUGUCUGGCUAAAGAACGUAUGGAACUAAUGAAACGUAAUCGUUAUUUGGAACAGAAAUUAAAACUUUAUAUGGAAGAAAAUGAUAAUCUAAGGCAAAAAUUGGGUAUCGAACCAAUCAAAUUGGAACCGGAAUGUGACGAUACUAUGGAUUUAUAUGAUCCAUAUGAUAAAAGCAAUAGUCAUGACGUAUUUGAGGAUGAUGAUGACGAUGAUGAUGAUUAUGAUGAUGAUGGUAGUGAUGAAGAUGGUUACCAAAGUUCUACGGACAACUAUUCAUCCACCUCGACUGCCAAUGCUUUUGAGUCUGCCGAACUCAUUAAUGUUCCUCUGCCGAAGGUGCAAGUAUUGGCCGAAAAGGAUGGAAAAAUGGCAAAUGUUCAACAACAACUGUUGGUAGAAACUAUCGACAAAUCAACCGAAAAAUCAAAUCAUCAGCAAAAGCAACGUUCAACAAAGAAUCCGCAAACGAAGACUUGCUCGCUACAGCAGUUGACCAACUUUUUAAUGGUUCUAUUAACGACAAUUUCCCUCAACUCGAACAACAACAACAACAAUCGAUCAUGUUCAGUGAUGGAACCGAUAAUCAAUUUGCGAAAAUUAUCCGCAGGAAAUGGAUCUCGAAUUGAGCCAAUGUUUAUCGGAACUGGCGAAACAAUGCCAAUUGAAUUCAUUAAUGAAACGAUAUCAACGCAAACAUGUUCGGCUACGGAUUUAGCUAAUGUUUAUAAUCAUGAUAACGAUUUGAUUGUAAUCGAUCAUGAUUAUGCCAUCAAUCCAAUGGGUCGAAAAAAUGAUGAUAUCAAUUUCAAACAUAAUCAGCUUAGUCCUACACCACCAUCGGAUAGCAGUGAUAUUGGUUAUGAAUCAAUGUCAUCACCUGAACCAACAUGCAUUGAUAGUAAUGUACAACAAUUGAUCACUCAACAACAACAACCGUUAAGUCUAUUUUGCAUGGAUGAUGAAACUGAUGAUUUAUUGAAUUUAGAUAGCCUGAAUAUCGGUCAAGAUGACAAUGAUAAUGUUUUAUUUCCACUAACAACUAAAAAUGAUAAUUACCCCGAUGAAAUUGAUUUUAUUGAUGAAGACAACUUACAACCAUCCAUUAAUGAUAUGAUAACAUUCGAUUCGCAACUUCAUGAUCUAUUUCCAGAAUUGUUUUGA